AUGUGUGUACAGCGCCGAUUCUCGGACUUUAUUGGACUGUAUGAAAGACUAAAAUCCAAAUAUCUUCAUGAAGGUGUAAUUAUACCUUAUCCUCCUGAAAAAAAUGUGAUCGGGACCACGAAGUUACGGCUUUCAAGAAGUAGCUCUGCUGAUACGGAAUUCAUAGAAAAGCGCAGGGUUUCCCUCGAAUGGUUUAUGAGGAUUCAUAAUCUUAUUCUCUUCCUACAUAGAAUCACCAAUCACCCUGUUUUAAUGAAUGAUGCGUAUGUGCACGAGUUUUUAGAACUUGAGGGUGAACUUCCCCGGCAUACCGGCGUUCAAGUUCUUUCCGGAGCAACUGCUAAGAAACUUUUAAGGAAUGUAGGCGAAGCAGUAGGAAAGUUAACAUUCAAGAUGGAUGAAGUUGACGAGUAUUUUGAUUUCAAAGAUGAGGAAUUGGAGAAUUGGGACAUUCAAGGUAGUAGAUUGUAUAGCAAUCUGUCCAGCUUAGUUGUGGACCAGAAUGAUUUGGCGAACUCUACCCUUGCUCUAUCGAAGGCACUUUCAGUUUUGGCAAAUGUAGAAGAGCAUACUGGCUUGGCUAGAGCUUUGGGUCAAUUAGCGGAUACUGAGGAUCAGAUUGCUCAUUUUCUUUCGGUCCAAGCUGAAGCCCAGUCCACUUUCCUAGUCGAGUAUGCGAAGGGAGUCCUCUCCAUGAUUCAUUCAUGCCGGUAUCGUUUAUUGCUUUCUACACUUAAACGACUGCAGGAUACGUUGUCAGAGAGGGUUCGUGUAUUCAGAAUGCGUCGAGACUACGAGUCAACCCUACGUGGGAAGCGCGAACAGAAAGUCCGUAUUGAAAUGUCCCCCAAGGCAGACCGUGGCAAAAUACCCACUCUUGAGCGUGAAAUUGGCGAGCUAACCCACCGAGUCGAAGAAAGUGAAGAGGAGUUCGAAAAGAUCUCAGCGACCAUCAAAAAGGAACUCGAACUGGUCGAUGAAGCUCGUUUCGAGGAGUUCAAGGCAGCUGUGAUUUCUUACUUGACUACAACUCUCCAAAUGCAUGAAAAGGCCAUGCCAAGGCCAUUGAGUAGAAGGCGAAUGCUCACCCUGUUGCCAACCCCGCCGCCGCCGCCACCGUCGACCUCACGCUAUGAGAACAACCUGUUUCUGGUGUCCGCUAUCACAAUGUACUCACUGGCUUGCCCCUUCCUCGCCUGA